AUGCAGGAAGUUGAUGAAGAUGACCAUGGUGAUGACGAUGAUGACGAUGAUGAUGACGAAUACCAUGACAAUGACAAUGACGAUUAUGAUGACGAUGAUGACGAUGACCAUGAUGACGAUAACGAUCAUGACGAUGACGAUGGUGACAACGACCGUGACGACGACGAUGACGAUGAGAACGAUGACAAAGACGAUUAUGAUCAUAAUGAUGACGAUGAUCAUGAUGACGAAUACGAUCAUGACAAUGACGAUGGUGACAACGACCAUGACGAUGACGAUCACGAUGACGAUGACAAUGACGAUGAGGACGAUGAAAAAGACGAUUAUGAUCAUAAUGAUGAUGAUGACCAUGAUGACGAUAACGAUCAUGACGAUGACGAUGGUGACAACGACCGUGACGAUGACGAUGACGAUGAGAACGAUGACAAAGACGUAUAUGAAAAUAAUGAUGACGAUGACUAUGAUGACGAAUACGAUCAUGACGAUGACGAUGGUGACAACGACCAUGACGAUGAGGACGAUGACAAAGACGAUUAUGAUCAUAAUGAUGAUGAUGACCAUGAUGAAGAAAACGAUCAUGACGAUGAAGAUGGCGACAACGACCGUGACGAUGACGAUGACGAUGAGGACGAUGACAAUGACGAUAAUGAUCAUAAUGAUGACGAUGACCAUGAUGACGAUAACGAUCAUGACGAUGACGAUGAUGACAACGACCAUGACGAUGAGGACGAUGACAAAGACGAUUAUGAUCAUAAUGAUGAUGAUGACCAUGAUGAAGAAAACGAUCAUGACGAUGAAGAUGGCGACAACGACCGUGACGAUGACGAUGACGAUGAGGACGAUGACAAUGACGAUAAUGAUCAUAAUGAUGACGAUGACCAUGAUGACGAUAACGAUCAUGACGAUGACGAUGAUGACAACGACCAUGACGAUGAGGACGAUGACAAAGACGAUUAUGAUCAUAAUGAUGAUGAUGACCAUGAUGAAGAAAACGGUCAUGACGAUGACGAUGACGACAACGACCAUGACGAUGACGAUGACGAUGACGAUGAUAAUGACGAUGACUAUGACGAUAAUGGCCUGCAGAACCGGUUCUGUUUAGAUAACAAAAGAACCGGCGCAUGCUAA